GACCCCGCCGCUCCUCGCCCCCAGCACUAUCGUUCCGCUGGGGGCGGGUGUCGGGGCGGCACAAAGAGCGCGGGGCGGGGGCGCGGCCCCUUUAAGAGCGGCGCCGCCAUGAUCUGCCUGGUGCUGGGUCUUUUCGCCGGCCUGUUCCAGAGCGCCUGCGGCCGGGCCAGCGAACGCACCUUCGUGGCCAUCAAACCGGACGGCGUGCAGCGGCACCUGGUCGGGGAGAUCAUCCGGCGGUUCGAGAGGAAGGGCCUGCAGCUGGUGGGGCUGAAGCUGCUGCAGGCCUCGGAGGAGCUGCUGAAGGAGCACUACAUCAGCCUUCGUGACCGGCCCUUCUACAGCCGGCUGGUGAAGUACAUGAGCUCUGGGCCCGUGGUGGCCAUGGUCUGGCAGGGCCUGGAUGUGGUCAAGACAGUUCGCACAAUGAUUGGAGAGACUAACCCAGCUGAAUCCAUGCCUGGCACCAUCCGAGGAGACUUCUGUGUUGAAGUUGGCAAGAAUGUGAUCCAUGGUAGCGACUCGGUUGAGAGUGCCCGGCAGGAGAUCUCCCUCUGGUUCCGCCCGGAGGAGCUGACCUGCUGGGAGGAUGUGGCCGAGCACUGGAUCUAUGAGUGAGAGGGGCAGCCUGAGGGAAGGACAUCUUCCUGACUGGGCAUGGGGCAUUUCCAUCCAUUUCAUUGCAGCCACUUGGGUUGGCUGUGAAUCCUGCUGCAGUGUCGCGUGUGGUGGGGGUUUCUGUUCUGUGUGUGGGUGGAGGGGUCCUGCGAACUGGUCUGUGUAUCUCACUCUGCCGUUCAGCUCCCUGCAAGAGAAGUUGUUGGGUUUUUUUUUCUCCUAUAGUAAGUAGUUGGUAUUGUUGCUCUGUUUGCUGAAGCAUCUUAAAUCCCAAGUAGCUCAAGGUGGUUUAUUGAAGUGAAAACUGGGCUCUCUGCCUAUCCUAUGUGUCCUCAGAUCUUCCUGGUGCAGGAGAGCAUGUGCUCCUUGCCACUGGGAGAGAUGUCCCGGUCACUACAAGAUGAUGUGAUUGAUAUAAAUUGCCUGCAUUUCUAUAAGGCUUUUCAGCAAAGGCUUUUAAAGAAUUAGGCUGCUAUGGGAUAAGGGGUAAGUUCCCCCCUGGGGUCACAGCUUGUUCCAAGAGAAGGAAUGAAGGACUGGACAAAUUGCUCGCUGUCCCUUGGUGGGAGCUCUGUGGGCCAGGGCUGGCACAAGUUCACCCAGCUUCAGGCAAGAUUGGCAAGUCCAUGGGAGGAAGAUUCACCAAAUGCUGUUAAAACGUACAGUUUAUUUGGCUCUGGUUCCUGGGCUGCAGGUGCUGGGAGCGGGGAAGCAGCUUCUCCAGGUCUUCUUAGUUCUCUGUUGGGCCUCCACAGCUGGCUGCAUGGCCCUGGCUGGACCCAGUCUUGUGCUUUCCCUCUAUGGCAACUGACACACGCUAGUGGAGCAGCAGUGCUGUGCAAACCACAGGAAUAGGAUGGGGGGAAUGAGAUGAGGAACGAUUUGUAGACUUGGGGCUCAGGAAAGACUAGUGGGACUAUUUUGUCCCCUCAUGUGCAGUGCAGGCUGUGCAGUCCUGGCACUGAGCUCUGGGAGAUCCUGAGAUCUUCCUUGUCUGACUGUAGAGCUUCCCUGCUGGGAGGGAUUCUGGAAACCCAGUUUGUAGUUGGUUGGACAACACCUUGAACCUGCUGUGAGCUCUCCCUGGAACAUUGAAGUCCUCUGAGCUAUGUUGCAUCUGAGCUCCCUGCACUGCCUUGCCAGAGCAUAAGGGCAGGGACAGAGACGUGGUUAAACCCAAGGAACAAGGUCCCCCAGGGCUUUCCUGCAUGUAGGGCAAGACGUUUUGCCUGUGCCUCAAAGCCUGUCUCCCUCUCUGGUGUCCCAGCUUUGCAGCUGCUGGGGAGCGAGUGCUGUUCUCUGAGGACAGUGUGUAAAUUUGCCUCCAGUCCCCGCUCCAGGCUGGCCCUGGGGGUGGUGAGGCCGAGCUGGGAACUGCCAGCAGUGAUGCAGGAACGAGCACUGAGAAGAUGGAGGGUCUCUGGUGAGUGGGGCUUUCCUCAGCUGCCUGCUGCCAGCCAGGGCUCCUCUUGCCUUCAGAGCCUUCUCCAGGCGUCUGUUUACAGCUCCAAGUAUGCGACAGGUUCUGUUUGUUCCCAUACUCAUCCAUUUGCUUUUUUUUUUUUUUUAUAAUAAACUCUGCACUCCCGUUACCUCUGC